AUGAAGGAACUCAACACGACUUAUGCUUUCAAUGUUGAUCCAUUGCCUUCACCUAACAGCAAGCGGAACGUUCAGAUGGCCAUUCCCAAGUUCAUAGACACCCCCAGCAAGGGUCCCGUUAUUUUAACAACCUAUCCAGGGCAGAGCGUGGUCGACCCUAUCAGUCUCAAUUGGGGUGCCGCCGACCCCCAGGAACGAGGCCCUAUUCUCGUUUCGCGCAAUGGCCAAACAUUAAGGAAGCGCAAUGCCAUCGGUGCCCACGGUGGUAGUUACUGUGUUUAUAGCGCCCUUGCUAUCGCCGCAGGCCAUCUACCGGAGAAUUUCCGCCCCAGCUUCGAAAACACCCAGCCAACCUUUGAUUUCCCACAGCAACCGGCUUGGUCGGACCCUACUAAGAUCGUGGCAAUGGACCCCUUUGGACAUGAUGUUGUAAAGCACUACAGCAAGCACCUUGACGAGGGGCUGGAUGUGCGGCCAACCAUUGCCAUCACACGGGCCAAUAUGCGCGUCGCCGAGAUUACAGACUCCAUUGCACAAGGGCGUCUUCCCGUUGAUGGCAAGAUUGUCAGUAAUUCUCAGGGUGAUGUACGCGUAACAAAAUGUGCCGUUGAACCCGUGUGGUAUCUUCCUGGCGUUGCGUCGCGAUUCGGCAUUGACGAGGGCACUCUAAGACGCGCUCUAUUCGAACAUACCGGCGGUAGCUAUCCCGAACUCAUAACGCGGCCAGACAUCAAGAUCUUUUUACCGCCCAUUGGAGGUCUUACGGUGUAUAUAUUCGGCCCCCCAGAACGUGUAUCCGAUGAGAAGUGCAAGCUUGCGCUCCGGAUUCAUGACGAAUGCAACGGAUCUGAUGUAUUCCAGUCAGAUAUAUGCACGUGCCGCCCAUACCUCACAUUCGGCAUUGAGGAAGCUAUCAAGGAAGCUCAAAAUGGGGGCUCAGGAAUAGUGAUAUAUUUCCGGAAGGAGGGCCGCGCGCUCGGUGAGGUUGUCAAGUACCUCGUGUACAACUCGCGGAAGCGUGGCGGUGAUACAGCCGAUAAGUACUUUGUCCGUACCGAGAAUGUCGCUGGCGUCAAGGAUAUGAGAUUCCAAACAUUAAUGCCCGACAUUCUCCACUGGCUGGGAGUCAAGAAGAUUGACCGCAUGCUUUCCAUGUCUAAUAUGAAACACGACGCUAUUGUAGAGCAAGGAAUCCCUAUUUUGGAGCGAAUUCCCAUUCCUGACCACAUGAUUCCUACAGAUUCUCGUGUUGAGAUAGACGCGAAGAUCCAUGCUGGCUAUUUCACAAAUGGAAAGGUUUAUACAGAAGAAGAUCUUAAGCAAACUCAAGGUCGCGGAUGGCAGAGUUGGGAAGACGUGUCGCAUUAA